AGUACUUUCCGGAUGUGUAUUUUCUGCACCCAUGCGCGCAGGUCGGGGGCGGAGCUUGUUCGGUUGUUAGCGGACAGAAGUCGAACUCAGUCAGGCUAGAAUAAGCCUUCAGGUCGUGUCCCGAGWAGCUCUUUCUACAAAUGGCAACGACCGCUAAAGACCAAGAGGAGCCGGUGGAGCUUCCUGCUCCGUCCACACGCCACGGCUCCCAGCACAACAGCAACAACAAUAACAACAACAACAACAAAGACAGCGAGGCGGUAGAGAGCGCGACCUCCGCCACCGCCACGAACACCUCUGAACCCGGCGGGACGGCGUCGCAGAGCGUUGGUAACGGCGUCCGCUCGGUCAUCAGCUCCAACGGGGGGAACAACGGGAAGUGGGUCCGGCUGAACGUAGGCGGAACGGUGUUCCUCACGACGCGGCAGACCCUCCUGAAGGAGCAAACUUCGUUUCUGUACCGCCUGUGCCAGCAGCAGGACCUGCACUCGGACACGGAUGAAACUGGAGCCUAUGUGAUUGAUAGAGACCCCACCUACUUCGGCCCCAUCCUGAACUACUUGCGGCACGGCAAACUGGUCUACAACAAGGAGCUUGCAGAGGAAGGUGUCCUAGAGGAGGCAGAGUUUUACAACAUCACCCCACUGAUCAAAUUAAUAAAGGAGAGGAUCACAGAGCGGGACUCUAAAGCCACACAGCAGGUGCCCCCCAAGCACGUCUACAGAGUGCUGCAGUGCCAGGAGGAGGAGCUGACCCAGAUGGUCUCCACGAUGUCGGACGGCUGGAAGUUUGAGCAGGUCAGCGUGCGCGCCUGCAGAAAGCCCCGCACCGGACUGCUCUGGACUAUGGUGAACAUCGGCUCGUCGUACAGCUACGGAACCGAGGACCAGGCCGAGUUUCUGUGCGUCGUGUCCAAGGAGCUGCACACACCCGGAUCUGGCCUGAGUACAGAACAGAGCCACAAAACCAAGCCGGCAGAGAUGCAAGAGGAGGAAGCAGCAAAGGAAGAGGAGGAGGAUGAGGAGCAGGAGGGAGGGAGAGAAACCACACCAAAUGAAUGGCUUAGGGAAUGAGGGAGUGAUGUUUCUUUGUUCCAAAGAGAGGCGGGAGUGGCUUUUCCAGAUCCAUGGGUCCAGGAUGUAGAGGCACCAGGACUGUUUCUUGGCAGGCUGGUGCCAUCGUGUACAUGUUGUACAUCUGUGUGUCGCAUCACUGAGCUCUCAUCAGAAUUUCUAGAGUUAUUAGCAGUUUAUCGACAAGAUGUCACUUCUGAUUACCAAAUGAUGCCAUUAAACUACGAACCAUUGCGUUGASUUGCAGCACUACAAUCCAACACUUUUAUUUCUGUGUAAUUUCAUGUACUCUGAAGGCAGCUGUGGAGCUCAGUACAUUCUAACCAAAGACUGGUGUUACAGCUGACUGGACCGAGACACUGAACUGCUCAGACAACUGACCUUGUCCCGUUAUUUCCCAGAGUGGAGCUAUUGCAGUGUCACUAUGAUUUGACAGAUGGGGUGAAGAGAAGCGUCUGUUGUUGUUCAACAUCUGGACUGUGACAUUUCCGGAUGUGGCACCUGUCAAUCAUCUUCUCUCAUCCCAGUGAUGGAGGCAGUCGUUCCCUAAACUCUCUGCUCAGACAAAAUCUCAACAACACUCAUGAUUUUAAAGARGAUAAAGCAGGGCCUGCUUUCAAGUCAAAUAUUAUCAAAAAUAAAUAAAAAAAUCAGGAAAUGUCAUCAGUCUUUUAACAGGGUUUAAAUCAGGUAAAAGUGACAUUCCACUGUGACUUGUGACAGGGUUAUAACCUUCUGCACCCACUGGAUCAGUUUCAUGAACUCUGGGUCAGAGUCACAUUGUUUUUAUUAUAAAUUAUGUCCUCUCUUGUAAAACCUUCUGAAAGGAGGACAGUUUAAAUUUUUCCAUGACUGCACAYACAGGCUGGUGGGACGACGACAACUCACACAACUAUCAGACAAAUUGUGUUUUCCACUCUCAGCCUCGUUGAAUGACUCUAAAGCUCUCCGUCAGCUCAAUAUGGUUUUAGUUUAUUUCUUGUCUUUUUCAAGGAUUUUUAACAGAGGAAGCACAAUAAGUCAGCUU